AUGAGCUUGUCCAAGCUCUCCGUCUCUAUGCUCGCCCUGGCUGGCAGCGCCCUCUCUGCUGAUCUGCCGUCCAUUACCGCCAAGGGCUCCAAGUUCUUCUACCCCAACGGCACCCAGUUUUUCAUCAAGGGUGUUGCGUACCAGCAGGAUGUCGGCCAGGCCGGAACCACCACCUCUGGCAACUCGACCUUCAUCGACCCUCUCUCCAACGAGGCCAACUGCAAGCGUGACAUUCCUCUGCUCCAGCAGCUGGGCACCAACGUGAUCCGUACCUACGCCAUUGACGCCACGGCCGAUCACUCCGCCUGCAUGAAGCUCCUCAACGAUGCCGGCAUCUACGUCUUCUCCGACCUGGGAGAGCCCUCCCUGUCCAUCAACCGUGACACCCCCAGCUGGAACACCGACCUCUUCGCCCGCUACAAGGCCGUCGUCGACGAGAUGUCCCAGUACUCCAACGUGAUUGGCUACUUUGCCGGUAACGAGGUCUCCAACGCCAAGAACAACACCGGCGCCUCUGCCUACGUCAAGGCCGCCGUCCGUGACACCAAGGCCUACAUCAAGUCCAAGAACUACCGCUGGCAGGGUGUUGGCUACGCCGCCAACGACGACGUCGACAUCCGCGCCGAGAUUGCCGACUACUUCAACUGUGGCGAGCAGGACUCCGCCAUCGACUUCUGGGGCUACAACAUCUACUCUUGGUGUGGCCAGAGCUCCAUGCAAAAGUCCGGAUACGACGAGCAGACCACCUUCUUCUCCAACUACUCCGUCCCCGUCUUCUUCGCCGAGUACGGCUGCAACCUGCCCGACGGUGCUGCCAACCGUAUCUUCCAGGAGACUGCUGCUCUGUACUCUGACACCAUGACUGAGGUUUUCAGCGGUGGUAUCGUCUACAUGUUCUUCGAGGAGGCCAACGACUAUGGUCUCGUCUCCGUCAAGAACAACCAGGUUACCAAGCUCAAGGACUUCAGCGCUCUCCAGUCUCAGGUUACCAAGGCCGACCCCAAGGGUGUUGACUCCAGCGACUACAAGCCUACCAACAAGCCCGCCAGCUGCCCUGCUCUGACCGAUGACUGGCAGGCCAUCAACGACCUUCCCCCUACCCCUGACUCCGGCCUUUGCUCUUGCAUGCAGACCUCCCUGUCUUGCGUCCGUGCCGACGAUCUCUCCUCUGACGACUUCGGUGACAUCUUUGGCUUCAUCUGCGGCAAGUCUCCUGCCGUCUGCGCCGGUAUCAACGGUGAUGCUUCUACUGGUGUCUACGGUGCCUACAGCAUGUGCGACGACGGUGCCAAGCUUGACUACGUCCUCGACGCCUACUACAACUCCCAGCAGAAGUCCAGCAGCGCCUGUGACUUCAACGGCCAGGCCCAGGUUGUCAGCGCCAAGCCUGCUUCUUCUUGCUCUGCCGCUCUCGCCUCUGCCAGCGCCAUCAACAAGGCUGCUGCCACUGCCACCGCCCCCGUCAACUCUGGUUCCACCUCCACUGGCGACAAGGGCGCUGCUACCAGCAAGAGCGCCGCUGUUGCCGGCCGCCCCAGCUCUCAGCUGCUGAGCAUUGGUGAGCUGUCCGUCGCCCUGUACAUGGGUGUCGCCAUGCUUGCCGGCGGUGCCAUGAUUGCCCUGUAA